ACAACUUCUGUGCAAGGGCUCGAGACGAGGGAAAACAAAGAUCGUCACUACAGAGGCUCUGGAACGAUAGAUAAGAAAGAAGGACUUGUGAGAUGCAUAUCACGCUCGAGGCUAUUACGAGCUGGGCGAGGAAGGCGACAGGGGAUGUACCGGAACCCAUGGUUGGCCCGUCGACGACCCUAGUAACGAUCCCCCACCCAGACCCCCUCAAAGCAAGGGAAGGUCAGACCAAAACCCAGAUAUGGGUAUAUGGCGGGAGGUCGGUCAGGACCGCAAAGGUCACCAGCGGAUUAUGGUGUUUAGACGUAGAAACGUUCGUCUGGGAGAGGGUCGGACCGUGUGACGUGAAUGGAGACAACGGGGCGUGGCCGAGAGGGAGGUAUUUCCAUACGACCGAUCGAUGGAGGAACAAGCUCGUCGUCUUCGGUGGAAUGGCAAUGACAGCAACGGGAAACCACCAUUCCCCAUCCGUCGAUACGCCCACUUCUUCAGACGGACCCUCCGUGCACUCAGAAGAAGAACCUUGUGUCCUUAACGGCAUCUGGGUAUUUGACUGUAUCACGCGUCGAUGGACACGGCCGGACAAUGCCAACGUCGGGAUGAAUAUUGAAGAAGGUAUCUUGGAGCAUGUGGAGAAUCUCCCGGCGCCCAGGUACGCGCAUACGAGUGUGGUCAGUCGUGGGCGGUUGGUCAUCACUGGGGGACAGGACCUGCAGAACGAAUAUAUCAUGCAAGCAUCGAUCCUGAAUCUGGAUAGCAUGACAUGGGAUCCUCCUUCAGAAAUAACGGCCCAUCGAGGUUCCUACCGAAGCGUAUCCGUAGCUUCCCGCUACGUCCUUGAGCCGCAAACGACGGCUUUAAAGGACGAUUAUGGUAAUCCGCUCGAAGCCUUGCCAUACUCGAUCGAGUCCGAAGACAAGGGCGGCGAGAUCUUCACCUAUUCGAAUUCCAACUUUACCGACGUACGGAGACAGAUCCAGACGUCCCGCUUCGAGUCCGAGGAUGGAGAGACGGACUUGGCCACCAGAGAUAUCACCGUACAGAUGACUUCGCAGCCCCAAAAGCUCCCACCAGGGUUGAGAUUUCCUUUUGCCAGCGUCAUAGGGCAUCACCUUAUCAUCGCUGGGAUAUACCUAUCUGCGACCGAGCAAGAAUACAUCGUGUGGGCGCUGGAUCUGAAGAGGGCGAGGUGGAAGAAGAUCGACGCCAUGGUCCUCGCCUCCAGUAACAAGGCCGGUAUGGGUGCCGAGGCCGAAUCUCUGGGUGGAGGGAGUUGGAACAAGGCCGUAGCUUGGGAAGAAGCUGGAAAGCUUAUGGUGUUUGGCAACAAGAACAGGAGCUUGCCCGAGGAUUACGAACAACGAGCCAUCAAUUUUGACAACAUUGCGAUCGUGGACCUGGAAGUGUUCGGGAUCUACCAACCACCUGUCCGGGAAUCUUCGUGCUCACCUCGAAUGAUACCGUUUGCGCUGAAGAGCUUGCGAGAAAAUUGGAGUUCCGACUACCACAUCGUCUGCGAGGACGGCCGGGCCUUGGCCUGCUCUCGAGCGAUACUCUCGGAACGAUGGCCUUGGUUCAAGAAGGGUUGGGACGAGGCUUGUCGAAAGGCGAAGGAAGUCAUGGAAGGGAUGUCGCCCGAUUCUGAUCCUGAUCUCGCCGAUCUGACGGGUCCUGGAUCCUCUGCUAUGGAUAAAGUGGGCAACUCGCGGUUCGAGCGAUGGAAGUCCGGCCUCAAGGUCGAACCACAGACUCUGCAACUGGCGGAGCCUUAUCCGGUUUGCAAAGCGCUACUGGAGUAUCUCUACACCUGCGACCUCGUGACGCCUUUGCAACACCGGGCUCCCAUACUGAGUGCACUGUUGAUCCUGGCCAAACAAUACGAACUGGAAGAUCUCAAGCGCAAAGUGGUUUACGCCAUGCAUGAGCGCUUGAGCGGGUCGAAUUGCCUGGGAAUAUACGAGAUCGCUAGCCUGUGCGCUUGCACAGGUUUGCAGGUGCGAGCUCUUCGUAUGGUAUUGGCCAUACAAAAGAGAGAGGGUCGAAGCUCUACCCAUCGUCGAGGCGAUUCUAGUGCGGGUCUAACACCCGCUUCAGCUAGAGGAGGUCAAGGUGGACACUAUGAGGGCAACGGCAUGAACGGCCAUGGACGUCAAGGAUCAGUCGGAUCGCGUAUGCCACCAUCUGCUGGUUCGGGCAACCCAGGCUCGCAAGGCUACGCGAUGAAUCUACCGCCUUCUUCCUAUCGGAUCAGUAAAUCACCCCGGACCCGCUCGCCUUCGCUCUCUGGGGCGAGUUUAAAAGCGUCUCCUUUACCUAUACCUUCCGAAAACAUAUUUACCUUUCCUCCUAAGCUCGCCCGCGAUGCCAGCCCUCUAGUGGCAGAUUCAACGCCGCGGUCCCUGAGGACCGUUGCCUCGCAACCCGCACUAAAUGCCUGGAGGGAUCCUCGAGCCCCGCUUAUGACCGAGUCACAGGAAGAAUCUAGCCCAGAUGCACGGCCACUACAACCUCCUGUGCCGAACGAUACAUCUGAAUUGGGUAGCGGAUCGGAUUAUGAGCCGCCGUCUUAUAGAGGGAGACCGCGCACGGCCAGCUUGAAAUCGGUUCACCAUUACAAGAGCGGGCUCGCCAAUGCGCGUUGGUCGCACAACGGCGAACACGACAACAACAAGCUGAAACCCACCAACCACAAGCAUAGCCGUCCUCGGUCCAGUACUCUGGCAGCAAACCCUCUCAGGAAGAGUGUCAGCAAAUCUCAAUCCAUCUCGUCCUUCUUCAACAUGCCCUCUGCAACUUCUUCUCUGACUUGGAUUGGUCAGCAUUUGCACUCAAGGUCUCCUUCAAUGCAGGGACCGAAUAUAUCGUCACCGAACGACAACGCUCUUGCCGUGAUGAUUGGCCCAGAUACCGCGAGCAAUUCCAUUAUCGGGACGCCUAAUACGUCGAGUUCCUCUGCAAGUUCCGGUGGAUCUUCUCUGGCAUGGACAGAUCCAAGCGAAGGUCUCGUGUUUUGGCAAGAAGGGGACCGGUCCAAAGCAGGCACGCGCCAUCAGCGACUUUGCUCACUUGGGGGCGACGACGACAAGGAUAAGACGCCGAUGCCCAAACGCACACUCCAAAUAGAUACCCGCCUGGCUCAGAAACAGUAUAGACAGGCACACGUGAAACAGGACCCGCCGAAUCUACGUGCAUCACCUCGAGGAGAAAUGCCAUUGUUCUUUGUACCUCCUACUCAGGCUCGUGGUGUACAGUAGAGGAACAGAGGGAUUUGCGAAUUUUGCGCUGCGAAAUAGUGAUCUCGAAACUCAGGGCUGCCGAAACAUCAUUGAAGGCUGAGGCUUGCACUUGAUGAACGCGGCUUGUAAACGAAUGAGGAUCGGGUUGACUUGAGACGUGCUCUAUACCGAUAACACUCGUACCCCUU